GCCGUUUGCCCUCGAUCUAUGCUCCUCCUUAUCACUCUCACCCCUGUCCGAGUUUAGUUUCCAGAGAGAGAGAGAAAGUCUCUCGCCUCGAGUAUCCUGAAGCGGCGUCGUUUUGGUCCCUCCCCGUACAGACAACAUGGCCUUCGUUUCCUCCGUCGGGAGACUCCUAUUCGCCUCCGUCUUCCUUCUCUCUGCUUGGCAAGAGUUCAAUGAGUUUGGUUCGGAUGGGGGCCCUGCAGCCAAGUUUCUGAGACCGAAGCUCGAUGUUUUCUCUAGCCAUCUGUUGACUCACACCGGCAUGCAUCUGCCCAAGCAACUUGAGAUUAAGCAUUUAGUGGCGGCAGCGAUCGUCUUGAAGGGUGUUGGGGGUCUUCUUUUCAUUUUUGGAAGUUCUUUUGGAGCCGUUCUGCUGCUUCUGCAUCAGGCCAUUGCAACUCCUAUAUUGUAUGACUUCUACAACUAUGAUGCGGAGAAAAAAGAAUUCAAUCAACUUUUCCUCAAGUUUACCCAGGUGACCAAUCAGGAUUACUUGCUUCCUCAUACUUUUGUUUACACAUUGAUCAAUACCUUUGUCUCUAUUUCACAUGUUGCCCCUAUAGAUGAGAACCUAACAGAUGGUCCUUUCACUUUCUCAAAAUGAUUUGUUCAUAUUGCCAUUUUGGACAUUGUUUUUGUCAAAACUAGCAUAAGGCGCGCGACCAAACUGACUUGAGGUCAAGAUACAUGGAUAGUUUAUUUACCUUGGUUGAUUAUGUGCAAUUUAGCAUUACCUUUGGUGGUUCUUAAGCAACUGAUACUAGAUCUUUUCACUAGGAUGAAAUGUGUAGCUUUGCGUAUGCUCUGAUAAGGC